AUGCCCACAGCAACGAUGUCCACAAACAAUACUGAAUUGGAUUCGCCAGAAGAAGAUGUUCACGAUGAUGAAAGAAGACUCGUCUAUCAGAAAAUAAGUGAUGCUGUGGCUGGAGGUCUAGAGGAAUUCACAUCGGAAAGCUACUUUCACUCGUUCAUAGAGAAAGAAGAAGGCGAGAAGCUUUUGAAGGAACCAGGUAAGAAUUGUUUCCUUUUUGCACAUCAACUCACCAACAUUCGUCCUUUGGACGGAAAAUAUAUCAUCAUGUUUGUCGACGAUGAUGGGGGAAUUGAGGAGGUGAAAAUUCGAUUCACACGAAAGCAACGCGUAUUUUUCGUCAACGAGUAUUGUUUUGAUAGUCCUGGAGCUCUUAUCGCCUAUCACCGUGAUUAUAAAGUGUCGAUCAAGGCAAAAGAGGAAAGUUUGCGUAACAAAUUCAUCAUGUAUGGGAUCGAGAAAGACGACUGGGAGAUAUAUCAUGAGCAGAUACAACGAGUCAAGAAGCUCGGCUCUGGCAAUUUUGGAUCGGUAUUUAAGGCACGUUAUAGGAUUGGAUUGCUGCGACGAAUUUGGGCAGCCGUGAAGAUUAUUCACAGCAAUUCACCCGAGGAAAAUGAAGUCUUUAUUAAAGAAGCUCAAAUGAUGCGCAAAUUCAAAUACAAUCACCCGAAUCUCGUGCAUUUCUUGGCCAUCGCUUGCUACGAAACACCGAUUAUGAUCGUGAUGGAAUUUUGUGCUGGCGGAAGCAUUGAAGAUCGAAUCAAGGAAAGAUACGAGAAUGCACAUUAUGAUUGGCCUGAACCGACCCAAGCCGAGCUCAUCCAUUGGGUUUCCGGUGCUGCAAAAGGUCUCGCUUUUCUUCAUGAAAAUAAUAUCACACAUCGCGAUGUUGCCGUGCGAAAUACGUUAAUCACAGAUAAAAAUGUGGCAAAGAUUAGUGACUUUGGAAUGUCGGUUGUGGGAAAACUGCAGCUGAAGAAACUCACGAAUGUGCCAAUCACCUAUCUUGCGCCUGAAACGUUUAAAGCAAAAAUUUUCUGCUCGGAAACAGAUGUUUGGACAUUUGGAAUCAUGAUUUGGGAGACUUUCAAUCAUGCAAAACCUCCAUAUGGUGACCGUGGAACGGAUGCACGAAAAUUGAUCAUGGCGUUGAAAAAGGAUUAUCGAAUGAGCGGCGAGAAAAUCCCACCCGAACUUUGGAAGUUAUGCUCUCUCUGUUGGCACUGGAAGCCUGAGCUGAGGCCAAAAAUGAAGGAAAUCGCACAAGUGCUCGAAAAACAAUACACAACGGAUACAAAGACAUUUUGGCAAUGGAUCACAAGACAAAAUCCAACCUAUACGGAGACGGUGAACGUGGAUUGGACUGAUGUAUUCAAAACAAUGCCAGCGAUUCCAACAUUUCGACACGACUACGAGAAGGUGAAACAAGAAGUGCAAGAAGCCGAUAAAGGAAAGGGUAAA